CUAGCUAAUUUUAAACCAUAAACUCUAAAAAACAGUAGCAUUUGACGGUGUUGUCGAAGUUGUCUUUACUCCUGCAGCAGUUUCUUAGCUAACCGCUUUUGACGUCCAGAAUGGAAUUCGCGGAGCUGAUCAAGACUCCGCGAGUGGAUGGCGUUGUCCUCCAUCGUCCUUUUCUGCCCACCGUGGAGGGAACUCUGUGUUUGACAGGACACCACCUCAUUCUGUCCUCUCGCCAGGACAACACCGAAGAACUCUGGCUGCUUCAUGCUAACAUCGACGCCAUCGAAAAGAGAUUUAUUGGCUCUCUUGGAACAAUUAUUGUGAAAUGCAAGGACCUGCGAAUCAUUCAGUUGGACAUACCUGGGAUGGAGGAGUGCCUCAACAUUGCCAACUCCAUUGAGGCAUUGUCCACACUUGACUCCGUUUCCCUGAUGUAUCCCUUCUUCUACCGCCCAAUGUUUGAGGUCAUUGAGGAUGGAUGGAACUUGUUCUUACCCGAGGAAGCUUUCAAAGAACUGGAAUCAAUGACAGAUGAGUGGAGGCUUAGUGAAGUGAACAAAGACUUCAGCAUUUGCCCCUCCUACCCAGCACUGGUUACUGUGCCCAAGGACAUAGAUGACGACUCCUUGUGCAAAGCUGCUACCUUUCGCCAUGGUGGACGCUUCCCUGUGCUCAGCUACUACCACAAGAAGAAUGGCAUGGUGAUCAUGCGAGCAAGCCAGCCUCUCACUGGAACCAGUGGGCGUCGCUGUAAGGAGGAUGAGAAGCUGAUCAACGCCACGCUCCGUGCAGGCAAGCGCGGUUACAUCAUUGACACACGCACUAUCGCUGUAGCGCAACAGGCGAAGGCUCGGGGAGGUGGCUUUGAACAGGAGGCCAACUAUCCACAGUGGAGAAGAAUCCACAAAGCCAUUGAGAGGACCAAUAUUCUACAGGAGAGUCUGAUUAAGAUAGUGGAAGCGUGUAAUGACCACUCUAACAGCAUGGACCGCUGGCUUAGCAAGCUGGAGGCCUCCAACUGGCAGAGUCAGGUUAAAGAGAUCCUCACCACUGCCUGUCUUGCUGCUCAGUGCAUCGACAGAGAAGGUGCAUCUGUGUUGGUCCAUGGGACAGAGGGCACAGACUCCACACUGCAGGUGACAUCCCUGGCCCAGAUCAUCCUGGAGCCAGCUUGCAGAACGGUGCGUGGCUUCCAGGCCCUGGUGGAGCGCGAGUGGCUACAGGCAGGUCACCCGUUCCAGCAGCGCUGUGCCCAGUCGGCCUACUCUAACGAGAAGCUGCGGAGCGAGGCACCCGUCUUCCUGCUCUUCCUGGACUGUGUGUGGCAGAUCCUCCGCCAGUUCCCAUGCUCCUUCCAGUUCAACGAGCACUUCCUGGUUAUGCUGUUUGAACACACUUACGCCUCCCAGUUUGGCACCUUUCUGGGGACCACGGCAGCCGAGAGGGUGAAACUGAAACUCUCCCAGAAGACUGUGUCCCUGUGGUCGUGGGUGAACAGGCCUCAGGAGCUGGAGCGCUUCCUCAAUCCACUCUACGAGCCCAACAGCCUGGUAAUCUGGCCGUCUGUCGCCCCUCAGAGCCUGCUGCUGUGGGAGGGCGUGUUCCUGCGCUGGAAUCGCUCCACCAAGUGUCUGGAUGAGGCCUAUGAGGAGAUGGUCCAUAUUAUUGAAUACAAUAAGGAGCUACAGCUCAAGGUGAACAGCCUGAGAAGACAGCUGGCUGAGCUGGAGACGGAAGACGCACUCCCGCAGACUCCUUAGUGCAGGCAGCUUGAGUGUACUGGGAGAUUUCAACGGAGCGCUACUCUUCAGUUCCCCUUCAGCACUACGGAGAUUCCUCAUUCAUGUACACCUGUGCAUACACACAGCCUUACACAGUCAUUCUUCACUUUUGCUUUCUCUGAAGUCUUCUUAGUUACUGUAAGGCUUACCUCUCGCCUCUGAUUCUCACUAGCCCUUCACUCUGCUGAGACCAGUCCGUUAGCUGUAGUAAUGUGUCGCUCUCCUGGCUUAGUCCCUUAAACACACACUAUAUUAACACUACUGUAUAUGUCUGUGGCUUUGGAGCACAUUUCACUCGCUAAACACUAUUAACAAAGAAUGGCUGCAUACUUGAGAAGAUUCAUUGUGAUGUGGGUGUCUACACUGAAUUGUCCAGUUAUUUUCACUUUCUCAGACAAAGGGACAGUGACUACCCUAAAACAUUUGACUUCUGAAAUUGUGGCCAUGCCUUCGUUGUAUGGCAGUUCUGGAUAACUUGUCAGGAUCAUUUCAAGACUUUUAAAAGGGAAAUAGCACAGCUUUGAGUUUUGGAGGUCAGAACUGUACAGUCAAACCAUGACUAGCAUGCAUAUGGCUUUUACAAACUGGUUACAAUCAAUGUGGUAUCAAGAAUAAGAUUAUUCAUCUGACUUCCUUUUUAUGUGCACUAUCUGCAUGACUAAACUCAUAAUCCUGUCAUUCAGGUUUGGGUGAGAAGCUCAGCAGCAGGACAAAGAAGAUUCAUGGGUCCAUGUAUUUCACACAUGCACAUUCUUAGUUUGUAACUCAGUGUCUCCUUUUGUUCUUUGGGUUUUAUUUUUGUCAUAUUGUUGCCAUAAGACUUAAGGGAUUCACUAAGCAAAUAAUGCCUUCUGUAUUGUUGAAUUCCUUCUGGUGUUUCAUUACCUUUCAAUUGUUUCGCAUAAACUGAGUAGCCUGGGUACUAAGCAGGGUCUCAUUUCCCAAAAAGGUGUGACUUGCUCUACAGUGACUAACAAAAGGUCAUUUGAAUUGUUAUUGUGAAUACCAUGGCACCCUAGAAUGUUCUUAAGUCAGCUUGUGUUCAGAAAGGGGGUGGGUGUGCGCGAAACAAGACCAAUACAGCAAAUGGGGAAAAGCCCUAUUUCAAUGUCAUCUUUUCGUUAAUGAGAUAUGGUUUGACUCAUUAGUGGUAGUUUUGUGGAUAUAAUUGACCUGAAUGGCAACCAGAUUAAAGACUGAAAUGUUAACCAAAUAUUUAGUGUAUUCUAUACUCUGUUUACUCACAAUAUUUGGAUGGUAGGGGCAGGCCUUUAGGUCUUACUGGAUGAUAUAUGCUUAACUGCUCUGAGCUAUCUGCUCAGUGCAGUGCCUUGAAAGUGAACCGUUUUUUGUACUUGCAUUCAAUGGCUAUAUUUGUCUGCAACACACUGCACAUUUUUUAUGUGUAUAUGUUUUAAUUGAUGUAUGUUCUGUGGGCAUUAAAAUGACAAUGCAGAUGCUAUGUUUUGGUAUGAAUUCAACAAACUCAAUAAAUGCUACUUAUCAUGAGUGUAA